AUGUUGGCCGUUACGGCCGUUGCGGCUAUUGGCUGUGGCGAUCUCCCUAGAUCACGUGACCAACCACUAUUUAAGCUCUUUGUAGAUAGCUCUAUCAAUACAACCUUCAACUAUCCUACAGAUAAACGCGGAGAUCACGCCAGCUUCGUUUCUCUCCAGGGUUCCUACGAAAUGAUCCCCAUCAAUUCGUGUCUUUUACACUUUACAUGGAGACGUCACUUCCCAUCCAUUGUAACAUUGCUUCUGAAACUUGCCCCGAAGUACAAAGCCCCGAAGUACAAAUACAUUGAGGAUUGCGAACGGCUAGAGCGGUACUGUCCAGGUGGCUUUUAUCCUUUAAAGCUUGGUGAUCGACUCUGUGAUGGAUGUUACUCUAUUGUCCAGAAUCUCGGAUUUGGUGGCAGCUCUACAGUAUGGCUGGCUGCUGACCAGAAGCAACAGGAGUUAGUUGCUAUCAAAAUAAAAUCCGCUGAUUCUGUCUCAAAGUCUCAGGAACCUGCCGGAGUAGUCAAUGAAGGACACUUGUGCUUCCAUUCUGCAUGGAAUUCUCCGACCAAUUUCUUGCAACCUGGAAUCAGAUUGCUUCACAGUUGCCAGGUAGACUCUCAUGAGAUGAGACAUGAUUCUUCAGAAUCUCUUCAUCCCCUUGCACUUGAAUCUGAGAAUGCAGAAUCCAAGCCUCUGGCCACCGAUUAUGAAGCCAUGAUGGCCAAGUUGCUUCCCGUCGACCCGACCUUGGAGACGGCGCAUGAAUCCCAUUUCACCUGGUGCUUACCCAAUUGGACGGAAUUAGAAAAGACAGAGCUGAGCCCGAAAUUUGAGUGCGUAGGCGAAUACUCCUCUACCCACGCGGAAAUAACCAGGGAUCAGCAUUUAUCUAUCUACCUUAAACAUGGCUUCGAUGAUGGAGAAAUGCCAGAGCACUGGCAUGCUUGUGUCCAGUUCGCUGUAGUCCUGUGGAAUACCAAUAGUCCGGAAUCCUACAUCUCACAGAAUGCAAACUUCCGUUUCUCGUCUAAUGACCCUGAUUGGGGCUUCACAAAGUUUUGUGAACUUCGAAGGCUGUUAGGCCAUCUUGGGGAUAAACCAUCCCUGCUGGGUAACGAUGAAGCAAAUAUCACAGCUUAUAUUCGCGUAAUCCGAGAUCACACCGGAUCCUUAUAUCACACGUUUUACAACUACGACUCAAAGAAAGUGACUGGCUUCGUUGGCUUGAAAAACCUCGGCUCCACUGGUUAUCUAAACGUUAUAUUGCAGUGUUUUUACUUUACGAACAGCUUUCGCAAGGGACGCCGGCCCGCUAUCUACCAAUUACCACUUAACCAUGAAUCCAAUAGGAACACGUUCUUGUGGGCAUUGCAACGUCUUUUCUACUCUCUGCAGACCGAUGAUAAGCCAGUGUCACCGCUGGAGUUCACCAAGGGACUUGGAUGGGCCCCUCAGCAACUCCUUAUGCAACAAGACGUCCGGGAGAUGGCUCGAUUGCUCCUAUAUCGAUUUACGAAGGAGCCCAAACUUCCAGACAUCUUUCGCGGCAAAACAAAUACCUAUACUACCAUCGACGGCGCCCAACAAUCAAGAAUAGAAGACUUCUUGGAUAUCAGCAUCAAUAUCCAGAAUAUUCGCUCCCUCGAAGAAAGCUUGGCAGAAUAUAUCCGCGAGAUAGUUGAUGAGGAGCGGACGGAAAAUGGUAUUCAAAAAACUACUAGUGGUGUUCUCUUUGAAACCUUCCCUGAUGUUCUCUAUCUGCACUUGAAAAGAUAUGCGUAUGACAUGGCCCAGCGCCGGCUCAUGAAAGUCAAUGAUUUCUUUGCCUAUCCGGAAGAAUUUGAUGCUUCUCCAUAUCUCUCAGCUGACACCGACAGGUCUGAAUCAUGGGUUUACCGAUUGACCGGUGUUGUCGUUCAUAGCGGCGGUGUUAACGGCGGAAGGUACUGGGUCUUCUUGCGACCUGGAGCUAACCUGCCCUUUUAUAAAUUUAACGAUGACCGGGUUACUAGUGCCAUGUUAACGAAUGUCAUGGAAGACAAUUACGGGGGGGACGGACAGGCAACGAACGCAUACAUGUUAAUUUAUGUCCGGAAAUCAAGGAUAAACGAUAUUCUUGCUAGCGUUACCGCAGCCGAUGUGCCUGCAUAUAUCGGAAACGGAUUGGUGGAGGAACGGGAAAUGGCUGCACGUCUCAAAAAGGAGAAGGAAGAGGAACGCCUCUACCUACACACCGUCUUGGCUUCAGCCUCCCAGUUCCGCCUCCAUAGCGGAUUCGACAUGACUAGCCCCAGCGUGGAUAAUGGCAACACGACCACCCUGCGCAUCCGCAAAGAUACAUCAGUUAACGACUUCACGAAAUCCGUCGCUCAGAAGGUAGCAGUGGACCCGGGACGAUGUACCCUGUGGAUUUGCCUCAAUCGCCAGAAUGGAACACGCAGGCCUCACGAGCCUUUACUUCGCGCCAACAUUACCAUCGCGCGGGCAUGUCUCGACGCAAAUUUCACUGGAAGCAACCCUCAUAUAUGGGUUGAGGUUAGCCGAGUCGUUGCAGGUGUACCAGCCCCAUUGCCUCAGGUGACAAGUGGAGGAGACACGAUCUUAAUAUUUAUCAAGAACUUCGACGUGAUGAGUCAGACGCUGCGCGGUGUCACUUCACUCUACGUUCUGAAGGAUAGCACAAUUCGUCCCCACAUCGUCACUGUCAUGGGAUGGCCAGAGGAUACGAGGUUUUCAGUUCAUGAAGAAGUAAAACCCACAAUGAUCCUCAACGUGGACCCUAAUUCAACUUUCGAACGGGCCGAACUUGGAAAUGGCGAUAUCCUCUGCGUUCAAAAGCUGGUAAAGCCCAGCGACUUUUACCCUAUGGCCAGGUACCCUCCAAACUUGUUAGCCAAAGAUGUAUAUUACAGUACUUUGACAAUCUCAGGAAUGAGCGGAACAGGCUAA